AUGGCCAGCACCAGCACCAGCAACACCACUUCAUCUCUUGUGAAAUCUCCAAAGAGAAAUUACUAUGACAUGUUUGUGAGCUUUAGAGGUAAAGACACUCUCUUCAGUUUCACUGACCAUCUUUUCGCAGCCCUCCAAAGAAAAGGUAUUUAUGCAUUCAGGGAUGACACUAAGCUCAAUAAAUGUGAUUCCAUAACACCUGAGCUCUUUCAAGCAAUCGAAAACUCUCAGAUUUUCAUCGUGGUUUUCUCUAAGAACUAUGCUUACUCAACUUCGUGCUUGAGAGAAUUGGAAUGCAUUCUUGAAUGCGUUCAACUAUAUGGAAAACGAGUUCUGCCUGUUUUCUAUGAUGUUGAUCCUUUUGAGGUUAGACGUCAAAAAGGAACUUAUGGAGAAGCCUUAGCUAAACAUGAAGAAACAUUCCAACAAGAUUCUGAGAAGGUGAUAAGAUGGAGGGCAGCUCUAGCACGCGCCACAAAUUUCUCUGGCUGGGAUGUACGUCAUAAGCCACAAUGUGCAGAGAUUGAAAAGAUUGUUGAACAGAUUAUAAAUUUAUCAACAAGGAGAAAUUAUUUUGAUGUGUUUGUGAGCUUUAGAGGUGAAGAUACUCGCUUCAAUUUCACUGACCAUCUUUUUGCAGCCCUCCAAAGAAAAGAUAUUUCUGUAUUCAGGGAUGACACUAAACUCAAGAAAGGUGAAUCUACAGCACCUGAGCUCCUUCGCGCAAUCAAAGACUCUCAGAUUUUCAUAGUGGUUUUCUCUAAGAACUAUGCUUCCUCAACUUGGUGUUUGAGAGAAUUGGAACACAUCCUUCUUCACUGUGGUCAACCACCGGAAAAACGUGUUCUGCCUGUUUUCUAUGAUGUUGAUCCUUCUGAGGUGAGACAUCAAAAACGAACUUACGGGAAAGCCUUUGCUAAACAUGAACAGAAGUUCCAACAAGACCUUGAGAAGGUGAUAAGAUGGAGGGAAGCUCUAGCACAAGUUGCAGAUCUCUCCGGCUGGGAUGUACGUCAUAAGCCACAAUAUGCAGAGAUUGAAAAGAUUGUUGAAGAGAUUAUAAAUUUAUUAGGUUGCAAAUGGACCGAGACCUAA